AUGAGAGCCAGGGUGGCUGGCAGGCCGGGCGGCAGUUGUGGGGCCGGGCGGAGGCGGCAGGGGCUAGGGACAGCGGUGACGAGAUCGGGGAGCAGCGGCGGUGCCAGGUGGAGUAGCUGGGUCGGGUGGCAGGGCCGGGGUGCAGGUGAGAAGGCCGGCAAUGGGGGUCAGGAAGCGGCUGGUGAAGGCGGGCGAAGCCACUGGUUGCAUGGAGGCCGGCAGGGGGCCGGAGGAACAGUGGCAGGGGCCGGCGGGGGUCGGGGAAAGCUGCCGGUGGGGGCCGGAACAGAGCUGGCGAAGGCUGUACGGGGCCUGCAGCAUGGCAAGGGCUCCAUGGGCCAUAUGGCCUGGAUCUAA